UAGCUUAAAAAUCAUACAAGAUCAAUCCUGAAUGAAAACAAACCCUACGACUUAAUCACUAUAGUGUUGGAAGGCUACUUGAACUGGAGAUUAAGGCUUGCAAACGUGAAGUGAUCUAGCCUGGGAUUAUUUUAUUGUAAUCCCUAACAUUGUGCGAAGACUGUGCUAUAUUUUCUUUAUCCAUAUUACAAAUGGAAUUUAUUUCACCGCGUGGUCAGUUGUGUAUGGUUUCUUUUUGCCGGAACUUGCCGUUAAUACAAGGGGAUUUCGUAUGUAACAGCUGGGUUUCUAGGUAUCUGUAGGUAUUUAUGCAUGAUUUUCUUUCAUUGAUUUAUUUUAUACAUACGUGCGUCUGUUCUUUAAGGAUUUCUAAGUUAGAGAAUUUUUUUCUAAUUGUUAGUCAAAAGCUUGUGUGACCUUUAGUAUAGUAAUGGCGGAAUAUCACAAAGUCCGCACAUCCAGUGACGGGCAAAUUAUUACAAAAGGUCAAAACUUUUACAAAGACGGAAAAGUGUCUAAACGCAGUAUUCCGGACAUUGCUGCUGAAAUUCCUUUGAUACCUGAAGCAGAACUAGAGCAGAGGGGGACGGAGAAAUACCAUAGCGACUCUGAGCCGUCGGCCAACAAGAAGUGGGGAGUAGCUUGGUACAAACAGGAGUAUCCCGACAACAUGGAGAGUGUGAAUACAACAGACCCAGAACAACUAGUCCAGGAUGUGUCUAGUACAGCAAUCCUUACCCCUUUGGAUGAUGACUUGGUUGGCGAGAUUCGAGAGAUCAAGGAUCGUGGAAACUGGACUGGGCGAUUUGAUUUCCUGAUGUCUCUCCUUGGCUAUUCUGUUGGACUUGGUAAUGUCUGGAGAUUUCCCUACCUAGCCUACAGCAACGGUGGAGGAGCGUUCCUGUUCCCCUUUAUUCUGAUGUUAUUGUUACUGGGAAUUCCCCUGAUGUUCAUGGAGCUGGCGUUUGGACAGUUUGCUGCCCUGGGACCUGCUGUUAUAUAUGACCGAUUCUGUCCUCUCUUUCAUGGGUUAGGUUAUGGUAUGAUCACAGUGUCAGCACUUGUUGCCGUUUACUACACGGUGAUCAUAGGCUGGUGUAUCCUCUAUCUCUGCCUUUCCUUCACCUCCGAGCUGCCCUGGGAAAAGUGUGGAGAAUGGGCCUCAGAAUACUGCUAUGAAUAUAAGGAAGCUGAUGCCUGUCACUCAUUUGACGGCAACAUCUUCUACCACGGACAGUGCUACAACACAACAAUGGGCGAUUUUCACAAUAUCACCAAGCUUGCUGCUAAUCAGACCAGACAUGCUCCAGCUCAAGAUUUCUUUGAACGAGGAGUCCUUAAUAUGUCUGAUGGUAUCGAAGACAUGGGUAACAUCCAAUGGAAGAUUGCCCUGUGUCUCCUCGCAGCCUGGGCUUUGACAUUUGCUGCUCUCAGCAAGGGAGUAAAAUCGACAGGAAAGGUUGUUUAUUUCACAGCUCUGUUUCCCUACGUUGUGCUGUGUAUCCUGUUUUUCCGAGGAGUCACCCUGCCUGGAUCCAUGAAAGGAAUUUUGUUUUACCUAACACCCAGAUUUGAUAAGCUUGGAGAUGCAAAAGUGUGGUCAGAUGCAGCAGCCCAGAUUUUCUUUGCCCUCAGCCCUGCCUGGGGUGGUCUCAUCACAUUGUCCAGUUACAACAAAUUCCACAACAAUUGUUUCAAAGAUGCAAUGAUAGUUUCUGUAGGAAAUAUUUGUACAAGCAUUUUCGCAGGAUUUGUCAUAUUCUCCAUCAUUGGGUACCUUGCCCAGGAGCUGGACAUGCCUGUAGAUAAAGUGGUGGACCAAGGUGCGGGUCUGGCAUUUAUUGUUUACCCAGACGUGGUGACGAGACUACCCAUCUCACCUCUAUGGUCCAUCCUCUUCUUUGUGAUGAUGAUCACACUUGGCAUGGGUAGUGAGUUCGCCCUGUUGGAAACUGUUCUGACUGCUGUUCAGGACACCUACCCACAGCUGAGGAGUAAGAAGACGUGGGUUGUGUUGGUUGUCUGUAUCAUUGGUUUCCUUUGUGGAUUGUCUGUUACCACAAGUGGAGGGAUGUACCUGCUUCAGUUAAUGGAUGCCUAUGUUUCCAGUUGGAUGGUGUUUGUGAUGGCUGCACUUGAAUGUAUAAUAGUUGGAUGGAUAUAUGGUGGGGAAAGAUUUAUCGAGGAUAUAGAACUGAUGAUUGGCAGACAGCAGAGAUCAUUUCAUAUCUUCUUUAAAAUCUUCUGGCAGUUCCUCUCUCCAAUUACACUCCUGAGUGUUUUGGUCUUUAACCUGAUUCAAUACAGACCACUGAAAUUUGACAAGUAUGUGUAUCCUGUAUGGGCGAAUGGACUUGGCUGGUUUCUCUCUCUUUUACCCAUGCUUUUCAUUGUCUCACUGAUGAUAUACCAACUCAAGAAUGUAGCCCCUAGGGAGCUCAGUUUAGGAGAGAAAUUCCGGUAUUUACUUAAACCAUCCAAGGAAUGGGGACCUGCCCAUAAAGUACCUACAUUUAAAUUGGAAGACGAUGACGAAAUUGUUGGUGACAAUAAUACUAUAUCAAAUCCUAACUUUUCAUCAUCAAAUCCAUUUGAAACAAAAAUAUAAAGUGGCAGGAUCAAGAUGUUCAGAUCAGAGGGUAAGCACUAGCUCGCCCAGUUAAGUACUCCACAAACUCACCACAGUCUAGAACAACUUAGGAGUGUUAGCAUAAACUCGCCAAAAGUCUAGUGGAGUUAAUCAUUUAGCACAAACUCAUCAUAAUCUAGUCCAAUUGGGCCAUAUUAGCACAGACUCAUCAAAAUGUUAAUAGUUUGAAUUAAAGAGUUUAAAAAAGAAAAAAACAUGGUCAGACAGCUGUAUGAUUGGAGGUCUUUGAACAGUUUCAAAAAAUGUGUUUUUUGAAAAUCAUCACAAAGUUUAUGGUUAAUAUAUUGAAAUGGGUUUGUUGUAAGUCAGAGGGGGGAAAUGGAAAGUUCAUUAGCGGGUUGUAAAGUGAAUGAUGUUGUCAUCACUGAUAUAUUUUUUAGGGUCCAAUGGAAUCAUUGAUAUUCAUUUGUCCUUGAUACACAAGACCCUUCAGCUUCCACAUUGAUCUGAAGCAAAACCAAGACAAUACUAUCUGGGCUUUCUGUGUAGUCAGUCUCGUAGGCAUGAGUUCUGUAGUCCUCUAUCAAACCGAGUCACUGGCAACAAUUACUACGUUAAUGAUUGUGUCCAAAUGUAAUUAAAAAUUAAUUUGAAGUUCUUAUAUACCGCUUUAUCACAACCUAGUUCGUAGGUCGUCUCAAAGC